CAAUACUCUCGAAGCACAAUAAAAAAGAGGGGUUUAGCUAGGGCUUUAUAUCUUCUUCCAUCUGAACUUAUACAGGGGUUGCCUAUUCUAUCAAAUUCAAACCCUAAUGGCCUUCGCCUCAGCUUUCCGUCGCAUUUUCAACGGAUCAUCCACGCCGGCGCUUAAUAUACGCUCACCAUUCUCUUCGAUUCGUCUCGAAUCCACUCUUCCGACGCUCACCUCCCCUAAGCUCUUCGUCAGCGGUCUUUCAAGAACAACAACUGAUGAUAUGCUAUACAAGGCAUUUGCACCUUUUGGAAAUCUUCGUGAGGCAAAAGUUAUCAUUGACAGAGGCUCUGGGAAAUCAAGGGGGUUUGGUUUUGUAACUUAUGAUACUGUGGAAGAAGCUGAGAAGGCAAGGUUAGGAUUGAAUUCCAAGUUCCUUGAUGGUUGGGUAAUUUUUGUCGACCCAGCCAAACCGAGGGAAGCUCCUCAGCAACCUCCACCUAGGCGAGACAUGCAAUCUACUGAAACUGGUUACACUUCGAACAAGACUGUUGGAUGGAGUGGUUAUUGACUUCCAUCCAAAUUCUUUGGAAAACAUAUUGUAAUUGACUGGAAUACUAUUUAUUGGGACAUUUGAACUGCAAAAUCUGUGGUCAGUUGUAGUGAAUUGUAUAAUGGACAAUAGCUGGAGGGUGGAGAUAUAUUUAUCUCUGCAUCUGGCUGCAAUAGCAUGAUGAAAAAAUCACAGGCUAGUUUGUUAGUACUA